AUGGAUGAUAAAGAAAAAAAUCAGUAUAGUCUAUGGAAUUCAGAGGAAACCAAGGUUUUAAUAGAGUUGCUUGUGGAGGGAAUUCAACGUGGAUGGCGUGACAGUAAUGGAAUAAUGAACAAAGCAACGGUGGAACAUAAGAUACUACCAGUCUUGAACGAAAGACUUGGAUGCCAAAAAACCCACAAGCAUUACCUAAGCAGGAUCAAGUUCCUAAAGGGUCAAUAUCAAUGCUAUGUUGAUCUUUUAAACAACAGUUCAGGCUUUGGAUGGGAUCCUAUCAUGAAAAGAUUUGUGGCUUCUAACGAAGUAUGGAAUGACUAUUUAAAGGGACAUCCAAAUCACAAGUUCAUACGCUAUGACUCUAGUGAACAGUUUGAUGAUUUGAAAAUCAUAUUUGAUUGUGCAACUGCUAAUGGUAGUUAUGCAAUUGGCUUGGGUGAUACCACGGAUGCUCGCGUCUUCACGGUUGGUGACAGUCAAGUACAAGACAACUUGAAUUUUGAAGACAUCAAUGAUGAUGUUUAUGCUCAGCAACCAUCCCCAGAAAAUGGUGUCAAAAGGCGUGUGGAAAAACUUUGA